AUGUAUGCUGAAUGUCAACUUGAAAGUAUUCAACAUAUUCAUGCUUUACGUACUGAAUUAGAAAAUUCUUUAAUUUCUGAUGAUUCUCCUAUUGAUUCUGAACGGCGACAGCCACAACAACUUCGUCAAUUAAGAACUGUAUUUCGGUCUGAUGAGGCUGUACAUAUUCAAUUUUCGGGUCCAAUAAUUGAGGAGGAGCAACAACAGACCUCUCAUCAUCACCAACAAAAUAUUCGCCCACCAUCUUCUUCAAGAUUUACUGUUUCUCCAACCCCACCAAAUGCUUUGCCUUCAUUUGCUUCAAGUAUUGAAAAUAGAAAACAAGCAUUGCAUGUAUUAAUUGCUAAACCAAUAUUUGAAGGAGAAGGCAAAAAAGAAGUUGUGGACGUAAAGAACAAAAAAAUUCCAACUCCAAAUUCAAUUUUUGUUCCACCACCCCCGCAAACAUCACAACAAUCAUCAACAUCAGCAUCGUCACCAGCAUCUUCAAUUGACUCGGGCGUAGCUUCUCCAGGUUCUUGUGCUGAUGAAUUUUUACUUUUUGGUGGUGGGACUAAUGGCCUAUUUUGCCAACUCAAUCGACAACAUAGAAAUUCUUUACCAAAUCCUUUGGGUCCUUUUGAAUCCCAAACACUUCCCAAGGCUAGAGGAGGACGUGUUUUUAAUUUUACUACAACGACAACAACAAAUAAAUGUGAUGGUGGAGGAUUUUCUUCUUUAAUUGAGGCUUUGUCUUUACUGCCAGGUGCUCAUAUAAAUGAAGAAGGAGAGUGUAAAACAAAUAGAGGAAAGGGAGGAGAUGUCAACAACAAACCUUUUGAGUUGCAAAAUCCUCCGAUUGGAAAGAGUUAUAAUCGACUGGAUCAGUCAUCAACAACAUCACUUUUACUACAAAAAUUUAACUCUGGAAUUGGAGAAAAAAGAAAAGGAGAAGGUGAUGGUUUACCUCCACGUUCAGCAACAAUGCCUCCUUUAAAAAGCAUUUUAAAAAAGAAGCAACAAUCGUCAAUUGGUGCUUCAAAUCCUUCAUUAACGACAACAAUGCCAUCACCUUUGGGUUAUUCAAAUCAGAGGAAAGGAGGAAUGUUUUCGAGAUUUGUUCCAUUCCGUUCAAUUUCUGAAGACCAUCAAGAUGAACAACGUCAACGAUCACCACCUUUGUACAAAUAUAAUUUAUUUUCAAACAGCAACAAAACCAAUAAUGUUUCUUCUUCUCCAACAGACUUUUCUACCUCAACAUCCUCUUCUAAUGGAACUAUUGAAGAAGAAGAAAUAGACAGUGGAAUUGCUGAUUGUUUUUACUGCUCUUCUGGCAAUAUUAAUAAAAAUGAAAUAAAUCAACAACAACAAAAACAGCAAAAGCGUGUUUCAUUUUCUGAACAAGUACAAGCAAGAGUUUAUCGUUCAACUUCUUCUAUUCUUGGUCAACGAAAGAAAAAUGAAAAGAAAGCGCGUAGUCGUGCAACUCGUCGUUGUAAUUCUGAUGAAUCGGAGACAACAACAUCAACAAAUUCUUUUGAUGUAGCAACUAAUGAUGAAUUUAAACGGUCUUACUUGGGCAUUUAUAAAGACAAUUUAUCAACUAAUAAUAGUGGAAUUGUUUGUAAAUCUAUGGCUUCAUCUACUAGUGAUGGUAGUACUAAUGGUGCUAAUAGUGGAGGAGGAAUGUCUGUGCUAGCUCAAUAGGGAAAAAUUUUUUUGUUAGAAGAAAAGUAUAGAGGUUUUUUUGUUUAGUUUUUUGGGUAAAUAAAAACCUCCCGAAUAUAUAUUUAAUUCUUAGUUUUAGUCAAAAAAUAUUUAAGUUAUUUAUACGAGUUUAAUUUUUAUCAUUAAAAAUAUUUUUUAAUUGAUGAGAAAGCAUCUCUCUCUUUUAUCUAUUUGAAGAUGUAAUAUGUGACCUCUAGGAAAAUGAACAGUGGUAGAGGGAUAAAUGAGAUUUGUAACUAGUUGUAAGGUUCUUAGGUUCGGUUCCAAAUAUCCAAAAAAUUAUUUUCGGUUGCGUCCCAAAUAUUCGAAAAUUUUCCAGGAACCGAUAACUCUAAAUACCACUGUUAAUUCAACAUCUAAAAAUAUUCCCCAUCUUUGUUUUUAAUUUCCUGGUACUCUCCACAAAAUUUUAGUUUUUUUGUUGCAUUCUCUAUCAAUCUCUAUCUAUUAAUUAUUUUUAAUUUUAUUUUUAAUUUAUUUAGUGAUUGAUUUGUUUUUCCUGUUCGCAAAAGAAAAAUUUUUUCUAAAAGAAAAUUCCCUUUUUUAUUUAAAUAUUUAUAAGCAUAUAUUUUAAAAAUAUAUAGUUCAAUCAAUUGACCUCUUUGAUUUAUUUUUGAGUUGAAU